AUGUAUUUCAAGGAGGGGACAUCGAUAAUAGUUGGACAGGUGGUUCCUGGUGGUGCGGCCGCUGUUGAUGGCAGAUUGCAGCAGGGUGAUGAGAUCAUUGAGAUCGAUGGUACCAACGUUGAAGGUGAAAGCCAUUCGAUGGCCGUACAGUUAAUGCAGAAAUCGGCCGCUAGUGGACAUGUGAAAUUGGUUGUGCGACGCCACAAAAUCUCUGCUGGUAACAGUACGAAUAUUUUGAUAGAGAAAUGA